AUGGAAGUAAAAACAUCGUUUCUGUGUUCCCAAUUUCUUCUGAUUUCCAGGUCAAAUAGAGUCAAGGCAACACUUCUCCCAUGGUGUGUCGCGUUAGCUGUUCUUCUUAUUGAGAUCUUCACGAUUGGCUCCUCAAUCGGUCAAUUCUUGGUCGGAGAAUGGUUACCAUGUGCUGUCGUUGUUACAUGCGAAUACAUUCUUCUGCUCUAUAUCGUGACUGUUGCAGUUUGGAUAAUUUACGACAUGUUUAGUGUCUCAUCCGAGAAGGGAUUCAUGCAUGCCAGUUUUGGCAUGAUAUUACCGUCGCCCUAUCCUCAUUCCAAAGUAUCUAAACCUCACUAUCCGCUGGAUACUUCCAAUCGUGCAGAUUCCUCUUGGAUUGAUGACCACCACUUCGGUAAAGUCGCAGAGGAAAGCCCAUCACUGUCUCGACCUGCGUACUCCUCCCCAAAUCACAGCAUGUACAAUAGUUCUCCACAGCAAAUGGAUUUGAGUGGGAGGAGCUUCAUGGAUUCAUCAAUGGUCGGGUUUUCUGGCAAUAUCGUCAGAUCUCGUCACAGUCCCCAUAGUAAAACUAUUGACAGCAUUCACACAAGAGAACAACUGGACUAUCUUCUGUCGAAGGACAGUUCCCUAAACAUGGACACAUCUACAUCGCGAAAUAGUUCAUUUCAAUACUUCAACGUCUUAGAUAUUGGUGCUCCUGAUGAACGGAGAAACUACCAGGUUUCAGAACAGCUGGAACCCUCCGAUUCAAAGGAGAAUAUUGUUGUAAAAAUGGGUCCAGGAAGUCGUAUCAUGUUGUCUCCCGCAAGUAGUGAGGGCGAUGGUCAGGACGAAAUGACGAGACUAAGGCAUGCUCUCCAACAUGCUAGGCAUAGUCCGAGAAAGGCCGGUUCGAUAUUACGUCGCAGUGAAUCCAUUGAACGGCGGUGGCGCAGCAUAAGCGUCUCGUCUCCUGAAAGACCCAGUCUCUCAUCGGGAUCGGGAACAAUCCCAAUUAAUCCAGAAAUUGAUGCAAAAAGGUGA